AUGCCAGGACCCAAUAACAGUAAGGAGAACCAAUCGAGGAGAACCAAGCCUAAGGAGAACAAACCAGAAUUCAACUCCACCAAGACAAGCACCAACACUCAUUCUGGUCAAGAGAUUCUCCAUACUGCUCGAAGCAUUGAAGAUUGUCAAGCAACUAUACAUAUGGAUCACUCAUCGUUUAUACCAAAGAGAAAUUCACCCGAGAAGACAUAUGGACCAGAUUUCAACAUUUUGAAGACUAACCAAAAGGAAUCCAGCCACGAACUUACUCAGCCUAGUUUCUUGACCCAUCAAGGAAGCAAAACCAGUAGAGACUUUACCCAGACCCAACCGGACCCUCCCAAUGGCUUCAAACAUAGCCAACAUGUCUCUUUGAGUCCAAAGAGGAAAGUGACCCACCCGACCAAGUUGGAGCUGCUUAAUCUCAACCAUUCAAUCUCUCCAGAAGAUCCUACACGUCCAAACACCUCAGAAGACCUAAUGUUUAUUGAAGAUUCUCCAGCCAACGCAAGAGAGGCUCCUCCUCUAAAGCCUAACGGCUAG